AUGAACUUGGAUGAGUUGCAGCCAAAUGUCUGCGGCAGACAGUGCUGCCCAGGAUGGACCACGGCUCCCGGCACAAACCGCUGCAUCAAACCUGUCUGCGACCCACCGUGCCAGAACAAGGGCUCCUGCAGCCGUCCCCAGGUCUGUACCUGUCGCUCAGGCUUCCAGGGCUCCCGAUGCGAAGAAGUCGUUCCCGAGCAGGAGUACCACCCGCCCGGUGCCGCCGCCGCCUUCCAGCCCCCUGCAAGCUCCCUCCGGAGGAGGACCAGCACGGCAGGGCGGGAUGCCUCUCUGCGAGGGGCUCAGGCACCCAUCCCGCGGCACAUCCCAGCUGUGACUCGGAGCAGAAUUGGCUCUCCUGUCUCCCCCCAGCACACAGGGCCAUCACGGACUGUCCGGCGCUACCCAGCCAGCAAUGGCCAACUCACCUCUAAUGCACUCCCCAAUGGGAAUGGACAUGAGCAGAGCAGCUCUGGGCCACACGCGGUUUCCCAGGAGCAUACCUUGUCUGCAAGGGGGGCAAACCUGACAGAGAAGAUUAGGAAGAUAAAAAUCGUCUUCACACCCACCAUCUGCAAACAGACAUGCCGGAGCGGGCGCUGCUACAACAGCUGUGAGAAAGGAGACACCACCACUCUCUAUAGCCAAGGGGGACAUGACCACGAUCCCAAGUCCGGCUUCCGCAUCUACUUUUGCCAGAUCCCCUGCCUGAAUGGAGGGCGCUGCGUGGGCCGGGAUGAGUGCUGGUGCCCCUCCAACUCCACGGGGAAGUUUUGCCACCUGCCAGCUCCCUCUCUGGAAAAGAAGCAAGGAGGGAGAGCCCCAAAGACCCUGGCCAUUGGCUCCAUGAAGCACUCCACCUACACCCUGCCCUUGUCGAACCAGCUGGCUUCCCUAAACCCUUCCCUGGUGAACGUCCACAUCAACCACCCUCCAGAAGCCACCGUGCAGAUUCACCAGGUGGCCAGGGUGCGGGGUGACACAGAGGUGUCGGAGGAGAACAGCGUGGAGGCGGUCCUGGUGCCUCAGCUGGCUGCCGUGCCCUGGUACACCUACACCCAUGGGAACGGCAACAGCAUUGCUACAGAGAGUGGCCAGCAGCAGCAGCAGAGAGCCCCAGGGCUGCUGGGGAGGUGCUUUCGGGAGGCUCUCCAUGGGCAGUGCACCAACCCCCUGCCUGGGCUGACCAAGCUGGAAGACUGCUGCGGCAGCGUGGGGCUCUUCUGGGGUGUGGACCGGUGCCUGGCCUGUCCCCCUCGGCCAGCACACCCUGUGAUUGAGAACGGGCAGGUGGAGUGUCCCCAAGGAUACAAGAGGCUGAACCGGAGCCACUGCCAAGAUAUCAAUGAGUGCUUGAUGCAGGGCCUGUGCAAAGAUGCUGAGUGUAUGAACACCCGCGGCAGCUUCCGCUGCACCUGCAAGCCUGGCACCAUGCUGGACCCGUCCCGUAGCCAUUGCAUCUCGGACAAAGCGGUGUCGAUGGAGCAGGGGCUGUGUUACCGCUCAGCAGCCGGAGGUGUGUGCUCCUUCCCCCUCUCCCACCGCAUCACCCAGCAGAUCUGCUGCUGCAGCCGCGUCGGCAAGGGCUGGGGGAAGAACUGCGAGGAGUGCCCCGUGCCCGGCUCAGAAGCCUUCAAGGAGAUUUGCCCAGCAGGACAUGGCUACACCUACUCCAGCUCUGAUAUCCGCCUGUCGAUGAGGAAGGCAGAGGCAGAAGAGCUGCCCCUCAGCUUGGAAGAGCAAGGGGAGAGCAGCAACUGGACGUUGGACUGGGCAGCAAGGAGACAGCAACUGCAGGACAGCCUGCGUGGGAGCGUCCUGGAGGCAUUCCCCCACCCUGGCACCUCAGCAGGAGAGGGUGAAGUUUCUCCUGCUGCACAGGGCGCUGCUGAUGCCACCGCAGAGCCUGUCCCGCGCAGAGAAGAAGAGGAGUCCUGGCGUGGCUCUCCCCAGCCUGGCCGCACCACCACCUGGGAUGCUGCUGCUCCAACACAGAUGCCAGCGCAGGGCUCAGGGGUCAGCAGCUGUGCCUCUUCACCCUUCUCCUGCGGAGCCGGUGCUUGCAUGCUCACCGUGGAGGGAUACCGCUGCUUGUGCCACCCUGGCUACACGUUGAACCCCAGCCGUCGCCGCUGCAUCGAUGAAGAUGAGUGCCUGAAAGAUCCUUGUGCUGGAAAAGGGCGCUGCAUCAAUAGUGUGGGCUCUUAUUUGUGCCUCUGCUACUCUGGAUACACCCUGGCUGUCUUGGAGGGCAAGCAGAGCUGUGAGGAUCGAGAUGAAUGUGAGCAGCCCUCUACCUGCCGAGGACAGCGGUGCAUUAACACCCCCGGCUCCUACCGCUGCGAGUGCAAGGAGGGCUUUGCCAUGGGCCCCAGAGGACAGUGCGAAGAUAUCAACGAGUGCGUGGAUCCCAGCCCUUGCCCCCACGGGAAGUGUGUCAAUACGCUAGGCUCCUACAAGUGUGUCAGCUGUGGGGAUGGCUACCGGCCCAGGAAUGGGAGAUGUGUUGAUGUGGAUGAGUGUCUUGUGGAGGGGACCUGUGCUCACGGGCGGUGUGUCAACCUGGAUGGCUCCUUCCGCUGUUCCUGCUACCGGGGCUACGAGGCAGCACCUGACGGGAAGAGCUGCCAAGACAUCGACGAAUGCACUGCCCAGGCUGCCUGUCCCUCUGGACUCUGCCUCAACACUGAGGGCUCCUACUCCUGCAUGGCCUGUGAUGCUGGCUACGCUGUGUCCAGAGACAGCAACACGUGUGAAGAUAUGGAUGAGUGUGAGGACCCUGCUGUUCAGUGCCUGGGGGGAGAGUGCAGGAACACCCCGGGCUCCUACAAGUGCCACUGCCAGGCUGGCUUCAAGCUCGUCAACGGCACCGUGUGCGAAGAUGUGAACGAGUGCCUAAACAGUGAGAUCUGCAGCCCCAAUGGCGAGUGUCUCAACAGUCACGGAUCCUACUUCUGCAUUUGUGCUCCUGGCUUCUCGAACGUGGCUGGCGGAAUCAGCUGCCAAGAUGUGGAUGAAUGUGCAGACAAGUCCCGGUGCUCGCAAGGCCAGUGCCUGAACACAGAAGGCUCCUACAGGUGUCUGUGUGAAAAUGGGUUCAAACACUCCCAGGAGACUGAUGACUGCGUGGACGUGGAUGAGUGUAAAGAAUACGGGGAUGCCAUCUGUGGCACGUGGCGGUGCCAGAACAGCCUGGGCUCCUACCGUUGUAUCAUGGGCUGCCAGCCCGGCUUCCACUGGACCCCCUUGGGUGACUGCAUCGACAUAGAUGAAUGUGCCAACGAGACACUGUGUGGGAGCCACGGCUUCUGUGAGAACUCGGAUGGCUCCUUCCGCUGCCUCUGCGACCGUGGCUAUGAGAGCUCGCCCUCCGGGCACUACUGCAUUGAUGUGAAUGAGUGCGAGUUGAUGGUUGCCGUGUGCGGGACUGCGCUCUGCGAGAAUGUGGAGGGAUCCUUCCUCUGCCUCUGCCCCAGCGACCACGAGGAGUACGACACAGAGGCAGGGGAGUGCCAGCCCCGAGCAGCCAUGGAGGGCCCUGAGACACACGCAGCCCACCUCUCUGACAGCGCAGAGCGCAAGCAGUGCUACUACCACAUCAGUGACGUUCGCCUGUGUGACAGCGUCCUGGCCAAGAAUAUCACCAAGGAGGAGUGCUGCUGUACUGUGGGGGCGGCCUGGGGUGACAACUGUGAGACUUACCCCUGCCCCAUCCCGGGCACAGUGGAGUACCAAGAGAUCUGCCCUCUUGGGAAGGGCUAUGUUCCCCAGGAAGAUCUGCUUUCAGGAAAAGUCUCUUUCACAGACAUGGACGAGUGUGAGAUAUUUGGCUCCGAGUUCUGCCGCAACGGACAGUGUUUGAACACGGUGCCAGGCUACAAGUGCUUCUGCCGUACAGGCUACUUCUACGACUCCAGCAGGCUUGAGUGUGUUGACCAGGACGAGUGUCAGAACGAAGUGUACUGCAUCAACGGCGAGUGUCUGAACACGGAUGGCUCCUACCACUGCUUCUGCAGCCUCCCUCUCGUGCUGGAUGCCACCGGCAACCGGUGUGUCAACCUCUCCAUCAGGGCAGAUGCCUUGGAGGAGUAUGAAAUCCACCUGGACGUCUGCUGGCAGACUGUCGCCGACUACAUCUGCCAAGACCUGCUGCAUGGCGAGCAGACCACGUACACCGAGUGCUGCUGCCGGCUCGGCGAAGCCUGGGGCCAGAACUGUGCGCUCUGUCCGCACAGGUCCUCUGCUGAUUUUGCUUUCCUGUGUAAUGGAGCCAGUGAAGACAGUGAAAGAGGGGCUGAGCUCCGAGAAAGACCUAGGUACGAGUACGGACCAGGCUUGGAAGACCCCCACUAUGGCCUUCCCAGCCCAGAUAUGGGCCCCUACUACAACUAUCUGGAGUCUGAGUAUGGAAACCCCGAUGCUGGUUUCCCUCGGAGGGAACCCAACAGCAGCCCUCUCCACCACGGCCUGGGGCGGUCCCCGCCCCGCUACCUGCCUAGCCAAACUGGCCUCUACGAGGGCUUCGAGGGGCUGCAGGCUGAGGAGUGCGGGAUCCUCAACGGCUGUGAGAACGGGCGCUGCGUGCGCGUCCGGGAGGGCUACACCUGCGACUGCUUUGAUGGCUUCCAGCUGGACAUGACCCGCAUGGCCUGCGUGGACAUCAACGAGUGCGAGGAGGUGGGUGGCCCUGAGCCCCUGUGCCGGGGUGGCACCUGUGAGAACACGGAGGGCUCCUACCGCUGCCACUGCUUGCCAGGCUACAUGGCCCUGGCCUGGCCCCACCACUGCGUGCCCCAGACAGCCCAGAGCCCAGCGGCAGCGUAG